AUGCUCCACCGCAUUCUCCUGCUCCUGGCUCUUGCCUCCAUUGCAGCUGCCACCUGCACUGCAAAACUUGAACUUCGUAAACUUGCUUUCUUUGACAACAAAAAGGGAAAGCAGAUCAAGAUGUGUGAAACUGUAUUUGAAAUUGGCUUUAGAACUCCGGUCAGCAAAGAAGAGGAGUGGAUUGUAAAUAAGGAAGUUUCAAAUGCACUUGAUGCAGCUGGAGAGAAGCUUGUGACUGAUUUCAAGGCUACCUACCACUUUAGUCUGGAUUACGAAAAAAUUAAAGUUUCGGUCCGUCUUGCAAUGUCCCACUCUUUUACGCACAAAGAUAAAAUACCAGUUUACCCAAACACGCGGAAACAAGUGUUCCAGGUCUACGCCGUAUGUGGCAAGCAUGUUGUGGGUCUUUCUGAUGGUUUUGCAGAUGAUGUCUAG